AUGGAUCCAGAGCGUGUCUUUAUCGAAAAAUUGAAGAACAGGGUUCGACUUGUCACUGAAGGUGCUGUGAUAAUGGUCUGCCCAGUUCUUCUUGCCGCCUCACUGAACAAGGUCCAACUGACGACAAGCAAGGGACAUGGCUUUGUACGAGGCAGCAUCUCCCCAUUGUCUGCCUUAACUCUGGUAGCUGGUUUACUAUCGUUCCUCUGCCUCUGCAUCUGCUUAUCUUUUGGGAGAGUAACAGAAAGGUUGGCGCACAUCCUGUUUGUGGGCUCGAAGUGCCUCGUACACCUCUGUGCCCUUCUGCUGAUGCUCCUGGCCUUGGGCAUCCUACUUCUCGUCGACCGGAAACACGUCUACUACGUGCCUAUUCCCGUUGUCUCCAUAUGUAUUAUCCUUUGGCGCUGCUGGAUGAUGUACCGGUAUGACCAUGGCCGCGAUGCAGAGAUGUACACAGGCGAUGAACAAGGCAGGCUUGAAACCUCGGUCGAUUUCUCUGCCGCUGUCACUGCCCUCCUGUUUCUGGGGUUGGAAGGCCUGGCGUUGGAGGGGCAGAGCAGAAGCGCACAGAAACUGCAUGCUGCCUCGCUCGUGUUGUCCUUCGUCGCUUGCCUGUUGGGCGUGCUCUUCAUGCUGUUGGCUACGGUGCCUCCAAUGAUCACAGACGCUCGUCAAGGCAAGACCGCAUGCACCCACAUCGAGGCCAUGAACAUGUUUCUGGCCGGCUUCUUCGCCCUCAACGUGUUUUUGAUCACGUGGCCGCCGUUGGGAGAGCUGGCGUGUCUAGUGUGGAUACAGCUACUGGUUUCUCUACUCGCUUGGGUAUACGAAAAUCUUACCGCCACUGAGGAGCACACCAAAAAAGAUGUUACGCCGGCGACAAUGGAGCUAACCAAGGUCAUCUUUGCUGGCUUCCUGGCUGUAUCGGUGCCAGCCGCCAGUAACAAGUCAGUUAGCGGAUGCACCUCUGCUUUCGUGCUCAUCACCGGAACAGCUGUUAUCACUGGCCUCUUAUGGAGAGUUUUUACGCACUGGACGCCCGCGGGGAGCUCCAUGAUCAAAGCUAUUAAUUUUGCUUGUUUCUGUACCCAUCUGUACGUUUGUGCUGCUACCAUUCCGUUUGCAUUCAUGGCUUACAACGCUCUAAUGAGCUGA